AUGCUGGUCCGCAGCAGACCCUGCACGAAGCGCAGCCGGCGGCGUGUACCGGACGUUGACAGCGCCUUGAGGGAGAUUUCCGACGAGGCGCUCGACAAGCUUACCAGUCUGCUCUACCUCGACAAGACGCUCUCUGGAAUGGAACGGACUCACGUUCAAAAAGACUUGAUGAAGCGUCUAGACGGAUGCCUCCUGCGACCAACAGGCAUCGUCGGCUUCAUCACCCGCAUCGGCACCUCCAUAGCCAAAUAUCGCUCUCCGGUCUCCCUGACGCACGCCAAUCUGUGCCUCAUGCACAAGCCGCUUGAUCCACGCGUCGUGCGGAAGCUCAUGGUGCUGGUCGCCCGCGAAUGCACGGUACAUCUCAACCGGUUCAGGAGACAUCGUGCCAACAACAGCAUCCCAUGGCCUCUGAGCGAAUGGCUGGAGAGGAUGGACAACACGACGGCGUUGUGGCUCGGAAAAGAUCUCUUCAUGAAAGUUUUCCUGCGCGAGGCGCCCGAAUCGGCUGCGCCGAUGAGCGAGAUGGGCAGAUGUGAGGCGUGCAUACUUGCCGUCGUGGGCUCCGAGGCGCAGAUGCUAACGGAUCUGAGGGCCGCCAUCAAGGCACGCCAUACGUACUCCAUGAAGCGGGACAUGAUUCGAACAGAACCGCGGCUCCUGAGAAUCAUCAAGUCCUGGAUGAAGCUGUACCCGCUACCGACGCAAGCGGCCAUGCGGGAGAUGAGCGACGCCCUUGUUGCAAGCAUCGUCACGCUACGCAAGGACGCUAGAGUGAGUCGGAAGCUUCGCUUCGAGUACGACUCCCAGCUGAAGGUUGAGACGAUGAUGUCAACGACGCGAGACGGCCUGCCGGUUCCGACGCGGACGAGAUCCCUGGCAACGAAAAUCAUCCAUGAUACGGCAACAGUGCCUUCCGAGCGAUUUCAGAAUGUGUCCCCUUCAGAGACGAAACAGACUGGGAUUGGGACUCUAGCCCAGGUGCCAUGCCGACGGAAUGCCAGCACAAGGGUGGCUAAUACAAGUGUCCAUGUCGCGGACUCGGCCGCUGUCCAGGCAUCAGCCAAGCCGUACCGGCACAGGGAUGUAACCUAUUGCGAUGGCCACAUGAUGUCGCCUGCAUCACCUUCAUCACCAACCCCUCUACGUUGCCGCCCAUCGGUGUCUGAUGUGUCAGAUUUUAGAAGCCGGGAGGGCUCGUGCUUCCUUUUGGAGGCUGUCUCCGAGCUGAGUGACCACCAGUCGCUGCCAGUGCCGACCCCGCGACCGACAAUUUUACGCACGCGCCUAUGCCACGAUGAUCGCACCGUCUCGGGGGAAUCGACUGGCCACAGCAAGGACGGCAGUGCGGCGGAGCCGAAGGCGAGUUCGUGGACGCUCGAUUCGUACUACUACAAUGUUGCUGGUGGUGGCGCCGGUAACAUGGAGAGGCAACAGACAAGAGAUCGACGGAGGAACUGA